GAAGGCCAAGCAGCUGAUGGAGGUCACCGUGGGGGGCUUCCCCUCUGCGCCAGAGGCGUGCGACUACUGCUUCGGCUCGUUCACGAAGACGGGCGUCCCGCCCGCCGGGCCUGUGGCCCCCGCGUGCGUGUGCAUGUCCUACCCCGACGGCGCUGAGCACAACAUGUUCUGCGCCACGCCCGUGUCGGCGGCGCAGUACGUAAAGGACAAGGGCGGCUGCCUCUGCCAGGCGCGCGACAUGGAGAGCAUGGGGCAGACCACCUGCGACCCGUACUGACCAGGGGCGCUGCGAGCGAGCCCUUGCGCCGCCUCGCACGAGCUCGCUCCGCCUCCCAGAGCUGUCCUCCUUCUUCUUCUUCUUCGCCGCCUCCUUCCCUCCUCCCCUGCUCCUCGGUGGCUUCAUCCCUCUCCCCUCCUCCCUCUGAAUCCUCC